AUGGACGUGCACGCGGAAGUACACCCGCACCGAUGGGUGACGUCUAUCAGUGAUACACACGACGCGGUGAUAUCAGGACGCAGUAUCAGAUGUCACGUGAGUGUUAUGAUCCGGCAGCGCACUGAACAUAGGACAUGUUGCUCCCGCUUCUGCCUCCUGUGCGCAUUAUUCUCUGGAAACCAGUGUGGUAUCUUCCGAUUCCUCACUCUGUGUCGUUUGACCAGACAGGUCUCUAGCAUUGGUGACAAGAUGGUGCUGCAAAUGGCACUGCCACAAAGAAUCACACAACAGUCGCGACCCAACAGUCUGCCAGUCACUGUUGAUUCUUACUCCGCCUCACAAAGACGAACCAUUAGUGCUUCAAGUAGUCGACAAGAUCUGCUGCCUAGGUCAGCAAGCCGUCAAUCGAAUGACUCGGCAUUUCUUGGAUCCUUAGUAUCAACUACAGAUCUUGCACCAACUGAGCAACGGGAGAAGAUUAGGUCUUUCUGGUAUUUGUUGACAAUAGUCUUAAGCAGCAUCUAUGCUGUGUUCAUUGUCAGUGUGGGUCUCCUAAUUUAUAUUUCUGACAUUUUCAUAGAUGUUAGUCCAGUGUCUGAGAUUUUCAACAUCUAUCUAGUAUGUGUUGGUCUACUGUAUUUUGUCUUCUUAUAUAUUGACAUAACAUGCUACACAAGGAAAGAAAAGGCAAAAACAUGUGUAAGUCCUGAAUCUGAGUCAGUGGAGUAUGUUGAAUAUGUGGAGUCACCAGUGGGUGACCUGAAUGUCUCAGUGACUCUGCCGAGUGCCAAAUUAGCAAAAAAUGUUGAAGAUAUGCCAGAAGAAACAACAGUGCAUCAAUACUGUUUCAGUCAAGGACGACAUUCUGGGAGUUUUUAUCUCAAAUUGGGGGCUGCAGUGUUCUGCUUUGGACAUCUAACACACUAUGGACUUCUAAUAGGAUCAGAAUUUAUUUCGUUGACAUCAGCAACAGAUGAAAUUCAUUCUUGUACGAAUGUUCUUAUGCUUGUCCUGGAUAUUAUUUAUCCUGUGUACUCAUUUUUCCAACUGUUUUUCAUAUUCAAAUAUUCAAAUGUAAUAAUAAAUAAGCUACAGAUUUUAGGAAGAUUUGCGUUGAUGCACUGUAUAGCAACCAGUAUUUGCGUCUGGAUGUGGACCAUCAUGCGUGAAACACUGCUUGCUCUGAAUGGAUAUAACAGUUCAAGUGAAAACUACAUAUCAGUGUUGGAAAGUGAAUCUCCUGUUGCUAAUUUAUUUAAAAAAUUAAGAUCUGUACUGAUGGAUGCGUCUCUGGAGUCCAGCAAUAACAGUGGUGUUAACACUUUCAUUGACCCUUAUUGUUCAAAUUAUACUGGAAUGUCAAUCAUUUACCAAAAUGUUUCUCCGUAUUUAUACCCUUUCUCAAUUGAGUACAGUAUUCUUAUUGCUGGUGUUUUGUACAUCAUUUGGCAGAACAUAGGGCAAUGCGGCACAGUGACAGGAGGGCACUGCAAGCUCUUGAUGAACCCUGAAAGCAGUAAUUUGUCCAUUCAUGUUGACUGUCAUUCAGCAAAUAAAGGACUCUUUGCUGGAAUCAUAGUGCUUUUAACUUCUGUCGUGAGCAUCAUACUAUUUUUUGUUGCAGUCACUGAUACAAAUUAUGUGACUAUUGGAGUGGAUGUACAUAUGUGGACAGAAUUUGCAAUUCUGAUUCUCAUGACAGUUACAGUCUUGUUUGCAUACUGGCAAAUAAUAACUUUGGAUGUUAAUGAACACCCUGUAUCACUCCUAGAUGAUUUGCUGCUUGCAGUCUGCUUGCCAGCUUAUUUCUUCUAUGCAAUAUUAAGCCUUUAUCCAUCUGUCAUAUACAGUGAGAUAGUCUUUAGCAUCAUCAUCUUGCUUCGGGUGUUACAAGUGCUAAUACAAACACCAUUCAUCAUUGAUGGUCUUCGUCGCUGUAGCAAUACUAGAUCACUUCGACAGAAAAAGCCGGGACGUGAAGUUGUGACACUUUUGAUAGUGUGCAAUAUUGCAUUGUGGAUGAUGCAGACAUUUGAAAUAAAAUCUAGUGGUACAAAGGAUCAUAGAUAUGAUUUUUAUGGGAAAAGCGCAUGGACAAUUAUAGGACAUUUGCCUAUACCGUUAAUGAUGUUCUAUAGAUUUCACUCUUCUGUAUGCUUGGUGGACAUAUGGAAAUCUGCAUAUGAGCCCGGAGAAUGAUGACUGUGUAUCAUCAGACUAUAAACUGAAUUAGUCAAACUGGAUGCAAGCAGUUAUGUGAAAAAGGAGAGAGGUGUACUGAAGCUCUCACUGAUAAAUUCCAUAUGAAAAAUACUCAGUCAAUAGUUAUAAAUUAGUAUGUAUUUAUUUUCAUUGUAUUGAUUCUUUUUUAAUUGACUGAAUGAGAACAGAAUGCUGUAAGAAGUUGUUAUGUAAUAUUACAUAAUUACUUUGGGCAACAGACUAUAGUUGUUACUUUAUUUGAGGAUCAGCAAUCAUUAAUAUUAUACAAUUGUCAGUAUUUGUUAAACUUUGUUUAAUGCUUACAUGUGAUAAAAUCUCAUUUAUGAGCUAUGAUGGAUUUUCAUUGCUGUUGAUAACAGACAGUAACUGUAUGUUACCCUGCCUGUCUUUCUUUGUGGAACAAAGUGUACUAUCCUUCUUUCCAGUGUAAUACUUAGAUAAUACUGAUUUGUAUGUAAUAUUUGUGUUCACUUUGGCCAGCAAGCAGUGUAUAAAUAUCA